GCGGGGGCAGCUGGAGAUGCUGGGGGUGCUCCCGCACCGGUCUCGCCUGCCGCCUUUCCCAUGAGGCCCCGCUCCUCAGGGGAGUGUCUGCGCUGGGACCGGUCCCCGCCGCCCGGCCCCUUCCCGCGGAGGCUGCACAAAGGUGUCCGGCUGGAGUGCGCCAACAGGCCAGCUUUCUCAAAGUGCUUUUAAGUUUCCCUUUUUUUUUUUUUUUUUUUUGAGGAGGGGCGAAGAAGAGGAGCUUUUUCCAUUUACAUUCCUUUCCUUGUAUGUAGAUACCGAGAGGAAACUCAGCACUGGGCAUGUUCGGAUGUUGAAUGGUUUUGCUGAUAAGCAACCAGCCCUCCCGGAACCAAAGACUUAAAAUAGUCGUCACCCCUCCCCAUCCCCACCCCCCCGCAGGAGCUGCAAAUGGUAUCUGCCAAACAGAUGACAAAGUACCUUGGACUAAAUCACACACAGACAGCAUUUUGAGCCGAACGCACGGCCAAACUCGUGUAAUUACUGUUUAUAGCUGGCCGAGGCUGACCAGGAGAGGGCAAACCCAAGAGGAAAUAAGUUUCCUGAACCUUGGAGAAAUGGCUGUGUGUUAAUUAAAGGCUAGGACGGGCACUUCUCACUCACGAACCAAGUUUUUCUUGAGAUCACAGUUCGCAGCACGUUUCCUCUGGAGGGAGUGAGUAGAUAAUUGGGAUCUUUUUGUCUUUUUUUUCCUCCCCCUCUCCUUUUUCUCUCUUCUGCGUUUUGGUCUUAUGGCCUCGAACCCGCAGUGAAUUGAAGCGAGAAAGAAAUGGAUAUGUCUGACCCCAAUUUUUGGACUGUGCUCUCAAACUUUACUUUGCCUCAUUUGAGGAGUGGGAACAGGCUUCGGCGAACACAAAGUUGCCGAACCAGCAACCGGAAAAGCUUGAUAGGCAAUGGACAGUCCUCAGCGUUGCCUCGGCCCCACUCACCUCUUUCUGCUCAUGCAGGAAAUAGCCCUCAAGAUAGUCCAAGAAAUUUCUCCCCCAGUGCCUCUGCCCAUUUUUCAUUUGCACGGAGGACUGAUGGACGCCGCUGGUCCUUGGCUUCUCUCCCCUCCUCUGGCUAUGGGACAAACACUCCCAGCUCUACGGUCUCUUCAUCCUGUUCCUCCCAGGAGAAGUUGCAUCAGUUACCAUAUCAACCGACACCAGAUGAAUUACACUUCUUAUCAAAACAUUUUUGUACCACCGAAAGCAUCACCACAGAGAACAGAUGCAGAAACACACCCAUGCGCCCCCGUUCCCGAAGUCUAAGCCCUGGACGUUCUCCCGCCUGCUGUGACCAUGAAAUAAUUAUGAUGAACCAUGUCUACAAAGAAAGGUUCCCAAAGGCUACAGCUCAGAUGGAAGAGCGCCUAAAGGAAAUCAUCACCAGCUACUCUCCAGACCACGUUCUCCCCCUUGCAGAUGGAGUGCUCAGCUUCACUCACCAUCAGAUUAUUGAACUGGCUCGCGAUUGUUUGGAUAAAUCCCACCAGGGUCUCAUCACCUCACGAUACUUCCUUGAAUUACAGCACAAAUUAGAUAAGCUACUACAGGAGGCUCACAAUCGUUCAGAUAGUGGAGAGCUGGCAUUUAUUAAACAACUAGUUCGAAAGAUCCUGAUUGUUAUUGCCCGCCCUGCUCGCUUAUUAGAGUGCCUGGAAUUUGAUCCUGAAGAAUUUUACUACCUAUUGGAAGCAGCAGAAGGCCAUGCCAAAGAAGGACAGGGUAUUAAAACUGACAUUCCCAGGUAUAUCAUUAGCCAGCUUGGCCUCAAUAAAGAUCCUCUGGAAGAAAUGGCUCAACUGGGAAACUAUGAUAGCGGGACAGCAGAAACACCAGAAACAGAUGAAUCCGUGAGUAGCUCUAAUGCUUCCCUGAAACUUCGAAGGAAACCUCGGGAAAGUGAUUUUGAAACGAUUAAAUUGAUCAGCAACGGAGCCUAUGGGGCAGUCUAUUUCGUUCGGCACAAGGAAUCCCGGCAGAGGUUUGCCAUGAAGAAGAUUAAUAAGCAGAACCUCAUCCUCCGCAACCAGAUCCAGCAGGCCUUUGUGGAGCGGGAUAUCCUGACUUUUGCAGAAAACCCUUUUGUUGUCAGCAUGUAUUGCUCCUUUGAGACCAGGCGCCACUUGUGCAUGGUCAUGGAAUAUGUGGAAGGGGGUGACUGUGCUACCUUAAUGAAGAACAUGGGUCCUCUCCCCGUUGAUAUGGCCAGGAUGUACUUUGCUGAGACGGUCCUGGCCUUGGAAUAUCUACAUAAUUAUGGAAUUGUACACAGGGAUUUGAAACCAGACAAUUUGUUGGUCACCUCCAUGGGGCACAUAAAGCUGACAGAUUUUGGAUUAUCCAAGGUGGGACUCAUGAGCAUGACUACCAAUCUUUACGAGGGUCAUAUUGAGAAGGAUGCCCGAGAGUUCCUGGACAAGCAGGUCUGUGGCACACCUGAAUACAUUGCACCAGAAGUGAUUCUGAGGCAGGGCUACGGGAAGCCAGUGGACUGGUGGGCCAUGGGGAUUAUCCUCUAUGAAUUUCUGGUUGGAUGCGUGCCAUUCUUUGGGGACACUCCAGAAGAGCUAUUUGGACAAGUCAUCAGUGAUGAGAUCAACUGGCCUGAAAAGGAUGAGGCUCCACCCCCUGAUGCCCAGGAUCUGAUUACCUUGCUCCUCAGGCAGAAUCCCCUGGAGAGACUGGGAACAGGUGGUGCAUAUGAAGUCAAACAGCAUCGAUUCUUCCGUUGCUUAGACUGGAACAGUUUGCUGAGACAGAAGGCAGAAUUUAUUCCCCAACUGGAAUCUGAAGAUGACACAAGUUAUUUUGAUACUCGGUCAGAGAAGUACCAUCAUAUGGAGACCGAGGAAGAAGAUGACACGAAUGAUGAAGACUUUAAUGUGGAAAUAAGGCAGUUUUCCUCAUGUUCACAUAGGUUUUCUAAGGUUUUCAGCAGUAUGGAUCGAGGUACUCAGAAUUCAGGAGAAGAGAAGGAAGACCCUGGGGACAAAACUAAAAGCACAACUUUGCCAUCCACGGAAACGUUAAGCUGGAGUUCAGAGUAUUCUGAAAUGCAACAGUUAUCCACAUCCAACUCUUCGGAUACUGACAGCAACAGACAUAGGCUCGGUUCUGGGCUGCUUCCCAAGCUGGCCGUUUCAGCAGAGGCAGAACAUGAUGGGGCCGCUCCCCAGCCCAGAGAGCUGCACGAGGAGCCGGAAAAGCCAGCCCUCCCCGCUGCAGAGAGUGCCCAGGAGGAGCCCGAGGUCACCACCCCGGCCAGCACCAUCAGCAGCUCCACUCUGUCAGAUAUGUUUGCUGUUUCUCCACUGGGAAGUCCAAUGUCUCCCCACUCCCUGUCCUCGGACCCUUCUUCCUCAAGGGAUUCCUCUCCCAGCCGAGAUUCUUCAGGAGCUUCUGCCAGUCCACACCAGCCCAUUGUGAUCCACAGUUUAGGGAAGAACUAUGGUUUCACCAUUCGAGCCAUCCGGGUGUACGUGGGAGACAGCGACAUUUACACAGUGCAUCAUAUCGUUUGGAAUGUCGAAGAAGGAAGUCCAGCUUGCCAGGCAGGACUGAAGGCUGGGGAUCUGAUCACGCACAUCAAUGGAGAACCGGUGCAUGGACUUGUCCACACGGAAGUUAUAGAGCUCCUGCUAAAGAGUGGAAAUAAGGUGUCAAUCACGACCACCCCAUUUGAAAACACAUCAAUCAAAACGGGACCGGCCAGGAGAAACAGCUAUAAGAGCCGGAUGGUGAGGCGGAGCAAGAAAUCUAAGAAGAAGGAGAGUCUGGAAAGGAGGAGAUCCCUUUUCAAAAAACUAGCCAAGCAGCCUUCUCCUUUACUCCACACCAGCCGAAGUUUCUCCUGCUUGAACCGAUCCUUGUCAUCAGGGGAGAGCCUCCCAGGGUCCCCAACUCACAGCUUGUCUCCCCGAUCCCCUACACCCAGCUACCGUUCCACCCCCGACUUCCCAUCCGGCACUAACUCCUCCCAGAGCAGCUCCCCAAGCUCCAGCGCUCCCAACUCCCCAGCGGGGUCAGGACACAUCCGGCCCAGCACGCUCCAUGGUCUGGCCCCCAAACUCAGUGGGCAGCGCUACCGGUCAGGAAGGCGGAAGUCAGCCGGCAGCAUCCCCCUGUCUCCACUGGCCCGGACACCCUCUCCAACCCCACAGCCCACCUCCCCGCAGCGGUCCCCAUCCCCUCUGCUGGGGCACUCACUUGGCAAUUCCAAGAUGGCUCAAGCCUUUCCCAGCAAAAUGCACUCCCCACCCACCAUCGUCAGGCACGUUGUGAGGCCCAAGAGUGCAGAACCCCCUCGGUCCCCGCUGCUCAAGCGCGUGCAAUCGGAGGAGAAGCUCUCUCCCUCCUAUGGAGGCGACAAGAAGCACCUGUGCUCCCGCAAGCAUAGCCUGGAGGUCACCCAGGAGGAGGUGCCGCGGGAGCAGCAACAGCGGGAAGUGACCUUGCAGAGCCUGGAGGAGAAUGUAUGCGACGCGCCUGCCCUCAGCCGGGCCAGGCCCGUGGAGCAGGGCUGCCUGAAACGCCCCGUGUCCCGGAAGCUGGGCCGCCAGGAGUCUGUGGACGAGCUGGACCGAGAGAAGCUAAAGGCCAAGGUGGUGGUGAAGAAACCUGACGGGCUCUCAGAAAAACAGGAAUCCCGUCCAAAGCCCCACGGACUCAGCAGUGACUUGGAAAACCUCUGUGCUUUUAGGCUCGAAGAGAGAGACAAGAAAAUCUAUCCGAAAGCUUCAGAGAGGUCAAAUCAUUUUGAAAGCAAAGCAGCCGUGCAGGAGGCCCAGCCCCUCUCCAGCCUUUUGAAAGACGCUCUCCACAAGCAGGCCAACGUGCGGGCCAGCGAGGGUAUCACCUCUGAGGGGGCAACAGCAGCUGGGGACCACAGCCAGGGGACCACCUGUGACCUCAAACGAGCCUCGACGCACAGCACCCUCCAAGACGGCCUCUGUCACACCACCCACAGGUCCACCUCUGGGAAGGGGGACACCGCAGAGAAGGUCCCCCAGGCCAAGGAGGGUCUGCGGUGUGAGAAGUUAGACGGCAAGUUGGCCAACAUCGAUUACCUCCGAAAGAAGAUGUCCCUCGAAGACAAAGACGAGAGCCUCUGCUCUGUGCUCAAGCCCAAGGUGACGGCCAGUGCCCAGGAGUGCCUGCCUGGGAGCCUGGGCCGGCCCGUGGGAGGGCAGCAGGAGGCCCCGCCAGCCUCUGAGGGCCGCACACCGUUCAUCGGCAGCGCCCACGCAGCUCAGCUCAGCGCCGUCUCCUUUGUCCCUCUCAAGGCCCUUUCUGGCCGGGUGGACAGUGGAACAGAGAAGCCAGGCUUGGCUGCCCCAGAGUCGCCUGUCCGGAAAAGCCCCUCAGAGUAUAAGCUGGAAGGGAGGUCUGUGUCGUGCCUGAAGCCCAUUGAAGGCACCUUGGACAUCGCUCUCCUGUCGGGACCUCAGGCCUCCAAGACAGAGCUGCCUUCCCCGGAGCCUGCCCAGAGCCCCAGCCCAGGCAGUGAUGCGGAGUCCCCCGUGCCCCUGGCUCUCCCCAACAGCGCAGGGAGGAAGGCUGACACUGCGGGUCAGAGAGAGUCCUCCCCUGCCAGCUUCAAGGUGAACAAAUCCUAUCUGCUUGAGCCCCGGUUCCCACCGUCCAGUCGGGGUCUGCAGAGUUCACCGGUGGCUGCCCCGCCUGACCCAGAGCUGAAGCUGGACAAGAAGGUCUCCCAGGCAGCCCGUGCCCCAGCGACCAUCAUGGAGAACCGUCCUCAGCAAGGAGAGGGCCACCCCAGCCAACACCAAGACCGCAGCCCCGACGUUAAGCUCCUUCCCUUCCCAGGGCAGAACCUCCAAGGUGCCAACGCAUCUAGAUCCCUCAGCCCACUCUCACCUGAAAGUGUCCCUUCCAGGGAGAAGCCGAGUGGCAGAGAGUUGUCCGAAAGGGGCCUGUCAAUAGUCAGGAGUGAACGGUCAGCUGUGAGGCCCGACGUCCGCAGAGACCCCUCCAAGGAGCUGUGUCCCCCAGAAGCUGCUAAACCCAGCGACAGCUUCCAAACCCUCCCUGUGGUGGGGAGGACCCACCCGGAUGUCUCCACCCAGACCCAGGCCUUGGAGAAAGCAUGUGGGCCUUGCGGGAGAGCAAAGCCCAGAGACGGCCGAGAGGAGGUGAGGCUGCCGGCCAGAGCGGACUCCUCUUUGCGCUCUGCGGGGGCUCCUUGUGAGAGAGAGCUGGGCGCAGAGAGUGGCCUGGAAUCCAAGAUGGAACCUGCUUCUACCAGGUGGUCUCUGGAGCUGCCCAGGCCAGAGAGUGAGAAGAGUAGAAGGCUUUCUGGUUUCCAGUCUGUGCAGAAAGACAUUCCCAAGGAACCGGAAAGGAAAGAACAGCCCCUGCAAAAGCACGUCACCAGUAGUUCUCAGCUGGGUCCCAAGGAACCAGAAAGGAAAGAACAGUGUUUGCAGAAGCACGUCACCAGUAGUUCUCAGCUGGGUCCCAAGGAACCGGAAAGGAAAGAGCAGCCUCCACAAAAGCACCUCACCGGUAACUCUCAGCCGGGUCCCAAGGACCUGGAAAGGAAAGAACAGCCUCUGCAAAAGCACGUGACCAGUAGUUCUCAGCCGGGUCCCAAGGAACUGGAAAGGAAAGAACAGUGUUUGCAGAAGCACCUCACCAGUAACUCUCAGCCGGGUCCCAAGGAACCGGAAAGGAAAGAACAGCCUCCACAAAAGCAUGUCACCAGUAGCUCUCAGCUGAGUCCCAAGGAACCAGAAAGGAAAGAACAGCCCCUGCAAAAGCACGUCACCAGUAACUCUCAGCCGGGUCCCAAGGACCUGGAAAGGAAAGAACAGCCUCUGCAAAAGCACGUCACCAGUAGUUCUCAGCCAGGUCCCAAGGAACCGGAAAGGAAAGAACAGCCUCUGCAAAAGCACGUCACCAGUAACUCUCAGCCGGGUCCCAAGGACCUGGAAAGGAAAGAACAGCCUCUGCAAAAGCACGUCACCAGUAGUUCUCAGCCAGGUCCCAAGGAACCGGAAAGGAAAGAACAGCCUCUGCAAAAGCAGGUGACCAGUACUUCUCAGCCAGGUCCCAAGGAACCGGAAAGGAAAGAACAGUGUUUGCAAAAGCACCUCACCAGUAGCUCUCAGCUGAGUCCCAAGGAACCAGAAAGGAAAGAACAGCCCCCACAAAAGCACCUCACCAGUAACUCUCAGCCGGGUCCCAAGGAACCAGAAAGGAAAGAACAGCCUCUGCAAAAGCACGUGACCAGUAGUUCUCAGCCAGGUCCUAAGGAACCAGAAAGGAAAGAGCAACCUCCACAAAAGCAUGUCACCAGUAGCUCUCAGCUGAGUCCCAAGGAACCAGAAAUGAAAGAACAGCCCCUGCAAAAGCACGUCACCAGUAGUUCUCAGCCGAGUCCCAAGGAACUAGAAAGGAAAGAACAAUGUUUGCAAAAGCACCUCACCAGUAGUUCUCAGGUGGGUCCCAAGGAACCGGAAAUGAAAGAACAGCCCCUGCAAAAGCCCCUCUUGAGUAGUUCUCAGCCGGGUCUCAAGGAACCGGAAAGGAAAGAACAAUGUUUGCAAAAGCACCUCACCGGUAGUUCUCAGGUGGGUCCCAAGGAACUGGAAGGGAAAGAACAGCCCCCACAAAAGCACCUCACCAGUAACUCUCAGCCGGGUCCCAAGGAACCCGAAGGGAAAGAACAGUGUUUGCAGAAGCACCUCACCAGUAGUUCUCAGCUGGGUCCCAGGGAACCAGAAAGGAAAGAGCAGCCCCCACAAAAGCACCUCACCAGUAGCUGUCAGCCCUCACCCCCCACCAAAGAGCUCCCUGGCCUGGCUUGUCAGCACUGCACUCUGCCCAGCCACCCUGCUGCCUCUCUGCCAGGGAGCAAGCCCUGCGCUACAGACUCCAGCUUCCAGGACGCCCUCAGGCCCGCUGCUGUGCCCAGUGACAGCAGCAGCCACAAGCCCAGGUCUGACCCCGAUCUGGGCCCUCCGAAGUCUAAGUUCCCAGACCGGCCCCCCUCCUCCCAGAAGCCGAGUGCUGAGGCUGCAGUGAGCAAAGAGCCUGGCGCUCCGACCCUCGGCAGAGCGGGGGUGGGGAGUGGUAAGGGUGUGUCAGAGGAGUUCCCUGUCCUCCCAAGUCCCCAGAAAACAGCCCGUGAAGUGAUCGGCCAGGGAGCCAGUGGGCGCUCAGUCCCCCUGCCCACAGAAGGGGGUCCUCCAGACACAAAGCUGAGACCCACCAGCGCUGGGUGUCCCCCAGAGGCACUGGAGAUGCUCGGACAUCCACCUGGGCGAGGUCUCCUCGGGGCCAGUGAGUCAAUGGACCAGAAACUUCCCACCGUCAGGGAAAGGCAAAACCUGUCUCCAAAGGCCCCCACACCAUCCACUGUGAAAGAUUGUCCCCCUCUGUGCAAACAGACAGACAGGAGCCCAGGUCCGCUGGCCGCCUGUGCCGACGCCAGCAAGUCUGAAGGCAAGAAACGCACUGAAGCACUUUACACCCCUGCGGAUGGGGAGAAGCCGGGGGCUGGGCCCAAGGGUGUGGAGCAGCUGGCAGCAGCCGCUGGGAAGAGCUGGCCAGAGGCCACGGGGAAAGGGCUCAGUCCCCAGAAGCCACUGACUGAGGCGAGCAAGCCCAGCGGCAUGAAGCGGUCACCUUCAGCCACAGUGCAGAGCUCUCUCGGCUGUGCCACCCUCCCAGGGAAGUCUCAGAGCUAUUCCUGUGGCUUUCCUGAGGCCAGACCAGCAAUUCCAGAGACUUCUACCACCUCCAGCGACACCUCUGCCAAGGCCGGCGGGCCUGCAGCAGAAUGCCCAGCCUCCAGCAGCAGGGACCAGCGGAAACCCCUGCCUAGCGGGAGUGGCAGAACCCAAAUGACCAAGAGCGACUCCUUGCCAUCCUUCCGCAGCUCAGCCACCACUCUGGAGUCCCAGCACCCCAGCCCUGGCCUGGUGGCGGGCACCAGCCACCGGGACAGGGCCCUCUCAGUAACCACCGCCGUGGGAGAAACCAAAGGGAAAGAGCCAGCCCCCACCCAGCCAGCUCAGACCAGGAACCAGAAUGUGAGCAGAGAGGCGGCCAAGCCGUCCCCCGCUCCAAGCACUGAGCGCCCCGUCGUUCUUCCUUCUGAGAAGGACACUGGGCUGCGACAGAGGCGGGGGAGAGAGAGUUUGCGCGGCAGCCCCAGCAAAAAGGCCUUGUGAUGGGGCAGGCCCGGGCGGCACUGGGGAAACCCACCCUGUGUGUGUCACUGCGUCUUGACUACCUUGGAAACCAGCGUCGUGGGACACCACCCCCCUGCUAUCGGCAGAGCCUGGAGCCUCACUGAAGAAGCGAGGAGACAAGAGACAGAAAGAGGGGACCUUCUUCCAAAUGCCUUCCCAAAUUGGAACCGGCAAACUUACCAGAUAGUGUUUGUACAAAAUAAAACAAAAAAAAACAAAAACAAAAAAAAUUCUUUCUGGUUGAGGUUGAGGGUUGUUGAGGGAAAAGAUUUUCUCUGUAAAUAUCUAGCAAUGUGUUUGGUUUGGGGUGUAGAGUUGAUACCUUGCUGCUGAUGGCGUCAUUUACUACAACUUUUGGGUUUUCUUUAAGUAGGAUUUUUGCUCUACCAUUGAUCACGAUGCAGUCAUGAAGCGAAAUGGCUAAAACGGUGUUUGUUAAAAUAUAGAUGCACCCAUAUUCAUGUAUAUACACAUCCACCCACGUGUUUUGGUCUGUGGUUGAAAAGACUCUUGCAAGACUACAUUUUUUUCUAAGUUAAAACAUUCUGAGUAGAGUUGAUGGUGGAAGAAAGCCUGAAAUACACUAGAUGGUGAGUUUGUAUGUGUAUUUUUAACCAGAAAUGUUGAUAGCGCUGUAUCUGGCUACCUAUAUUUCCAGAUCUAAAGCAAGAAUGACGCGAAUCACUGCGUCUGGAAUGCUCCUCCAUCAGGAAUGGCUGCAACAGAUGGAGCUAGCCAUUUUCAUUUCACUAAUGGCCAUUUUGAUCCUGGGCCCAACUGUCUCCAAGGCCAGUUGUCCUUGUGUGUGGAUAUGGGUGUCGACUCUUCACUAUAGGUAGAGCGAGGGCUAUAAACACACGUUGGCUUUUAUUUCUGUUCUGCUUUCCCUCCUUCUCAUGCUCUUAAAUAAACUCAGGCCUUUGCUAUGAGUCGCUAGUCCAAGAAGCACACAUCUUGUAGUAGUUCUGCGCCCGCCCUGCUGUUGAACAAAACAGAAAAUAACUGGCCGCACACAAAUCUGCUUGUAUUUAGGCUGAUUAAUAAGCACUAGGCAUUGGAAGAGGUUUUCACUUUGCUUUUUUGAGGAAAAGUGGAGGGGGUAUGGAUUUUGGCAUCAUAGCAUAUAUUUUAAGGAAUAAUCAGGACAUCAGAUACAUUUUAAUACAUAGCUGGGGCCUUAUGUUGUAGAUGAAGCUUGCUGUUUUUAGCAAGUUCCUGGGUUUCACAUUCAUUUCUGGUGCAUCAAGUAGCUCCAUACAUUUCAUAACAUGGUCUCUUUAUUUGUAUGCAAAAAAUAUAUAUACUGUAUUAAUAAAGAGCAGCAUUUUUGUAAUAAAAAGACUUGGAGCUAUUUGGUGCUUGAAUGUGACUGUCCUUUUUACUUUUGCUAAGCCUUAUUUAAAUUUUGUAUACCAUGGAAUAUGUAGGGUUUGUCCAAUCAUUUUAGUGCUGAGGGGGUCUUUGUGUUUUUUGUUGCAGUUUUCCUGGUGGCUUGUUUUGUAUUGUAAGACAGCACUUGCUGACGUAAGUACUAAGCACUAAGAGAAAAUACACACAGAAAAGUAUUUAUAAGAUGCUUGGGAUCCAUAGCAGGAUUUUUGUUUUGUUUUGUAAGAGAAAAAAUCACCAGUAAAUACUAGUCCAGCACCCAACCCCGCUCCCCGCAGGGAUAUCUUAGUAUCUUCAGGCUAUAAAAUUGUUCACCUAAGCACAGCAUCAUCUUACAUCCCUGUGGAUUGUAAAUCAUUUAGUGAGGCUAUAAACUCCACUCCAAAAACAAUUGCUUGGUUGUCCUUCAUUGUAAAAUGAGUUGACAGUGGUGAAAAAACUCUCUUCCUUGCCCCUAACUUUUUUCCCGUAAGGUUCUAGCCAUUCCCCAUCACUAUGUUGUGAAUUGUAGAAGAAACAAAUAUUUUGAAAGAACUUAAAUGGGUUUCAAAAAUGGGCUCAACAUUUAUGAUUCACACCUGCAUUCGGCGGCUGUCAUAACCCAACCCUUCUGCACCCAGACGUCCAGACAGGUCUGUCGGGGAGGUAGUGUAUGGUUUACAGCCCUUGCUUUUUAACUGUCCAGUUUCCUUUAAAGCACAACUAGCUGCUUGUUUACAAAUGAUAUUUUAAAAUGUAUAUUUUGUAUAGUGUAUUAUCAUUUUUGCCAAAUAUGUUUUUGCAUUUUGGAUGGCUACAGAGUCCCUAAGAUCGCAUUUGCGUAAGACCUGUCUGUUGUUGUAAACCUCUCCAGUCAGAUGGUAGAAAUUCUCCUGUGUUCUGUUUGGUCGGUCUCCUGUGAUUGUAAGGUGUGCUCCUCGCUAGUACUCCCAGCUGUAGAUUUACCAGCUUAAAGUUUGUUAGGAUCUGUGCAAUAAAGUGUUUGCAGUCUUAUUUUCUCUAAGGAAUUCCCUAUGGAUGUCAUAAUUGUUGUAUAUUGAACAAAUAUUUAUACUUAUGCAGUUGCAUAACAUUGAAAUAAAAAUUUAGCAUGAAAA